AUGGCUGCCAUUGGCUCUUUAGUAUUUUGUACCGACUGCGGUAACUUGCUUCCCGUAUCCAAAGGCAAUGUCAAGAAUAUCUUACAUUGCGAAUGCUGCGGCGCCGAAAACAGAGAUACGGCAUCGAAGACGACCGUCACGCAAAGCAAACCCUCAGAUUUCCCUUCCGUACUUCGGCAAAAACUUUCCAUCGUACAAUCUGUCGAGCGACAUAAAAUUCAGACGGAAGCCGUCGUCAACGAGACAUGCGAGAAGUGCGGUCGCACCGAAGUUAAAUAUUCGGCAGUACAAUUACGAAGCGCCGACGAAGGUAGCACUAUAUUCUACACCUGCGACUGUGGUCAUAAGUGGAACACCAACAAUUGA